AUGUGUCAGGACCGAUCCGAAAAUGGGCGGAGCAGCAACACGGAUGCUGCCUCGACGCGAGCGCGGAACGGAAGCCCCGAGCGCCGUUCCUCCAACCCUGACUCCCAAGCUUCCUUCCCCUACCAGGGCGUUGGCCGUCACAACGACGACCGCCGCCGCGACCUGGGCGGGAGUCUUCGUCUCAUCACUGAGGAAUUCACCCCCAACGGCUCUCGUCACUCGACGCCUGUGGAGAAGUCAAACAUUUGGCUUCAUGACCUGGCCCUCGCUUCGUCACCCAUCAACCAUCAGUACUCCAAUGGCAAGCGUAGCCGCGACAAGAUGGAGCGCGACCUCGAUGACCAGCUGGAGCGCGCCAAGGUUGAUGGUUUUACGAAGCGCCUGAAGCAUGACUCCAAGAGACAUACUUCCGACUCGAUAAGACUCGAGGACCCAUCGUCGUCAGGUACUAGCACCAAUGACAACAACAGCAGCGACCAGGCCCGCCGACGUCGCCACGCUGAUGGUGCCCCUCACCGUUCGGGUCGUCACAGGAGCUACGGGGAUAGGCACUAG